UUCAGACAUGUCAGGUUAUUAGAGUGGUGGGCAAACAACCAGGGAAUAUGGUUCAUGCUUUUGUUUUCUUCUCUUUGUGUUUGUGGCAUCUGGUUGAUGUGACUGAUGAAAUGAAGACAAUAUCAGUGAUGGAGGGAGAUUCUGUCACUCUAAACACUGAUGUUACUGAAGUACAGAAAUAUAUGUUGAUACAGUGGAUGUUCGGAAGCACUCGAAUAGCUGAAAUCAACAGACUCACGCAAAGCAACUCAAUGUAUGAAGAUGAGAGAUUCAAAGACAGACUGAUGCUGGAUCAGACCGGAUCUCUGACCAUCACAAACACCAGAACCACAGACUCUGGACUUUAUAGAGUAACAGUUAUCAGCAAAGAGACCAGCUACAUGAGUUUCAAUGUUAAAGUCUAUGGAAUAGAGAAUAGACCACAGGCGACCGACAGAGAAGUGAAGCAUCACAUCCACAGUUGUAGUUUUACUGAGGCUGUAAUCCGAUUGGUCGUCUCUGCUCUGGUGGGUGUGGCUACUGUUGCUGUGCUGGUUUAUGACAUCAGAUCUACAAGAAUUGAGCUGAACAGGAUGGAAGAGACUAGACAUUACAAUCAGACCCAUGGAGAACAAUCAGAUCAACAGUCUGAAAUGAGCAGAAGGAUGAGUUCCAGAUUUGUCUAGAUAUAAAGCUAAACAUAUCAAUUCUCUAUAUUAAUAAUAUGCACAGAAUAUGAUUUGAUCAAUCUAUAAAAUUAAAUACAUGACUGUAAACACAACUGCCCCAAACAAAACAAUAAUUAGCAACAAAUGAUGGCACAGAAUGAUCUUAUAGGCUCUCAAUUUUGUUGCAUCCUUGAAAUGACUCACAUAGGCGAAUGAUCUGCAUUUUUAUUUUGUAACUUUUAAUAAAGAUUUGGUUUUACAACAGGGUGUAGAGCUUGUGUUUUUCUUUGUUCUUCUGUCCACAUUUAUAAUGUCACAAGACAAUAUUCAAAUAGCAGUUGAGUGGAUAUGUAAUUCACUGAAUGCACGUGAUACACUUGCAGUUUGUGAGGUGAAGUGAAACCUGCUGUGCUCUCAGUUAUUUACAUCUGU